CGCAUCGCGCGCUCGCAGCAGGUCUCUGGAUCAGGCAGUUUGGCCGCCGCUUUAGAGCGAUUCUACGCGCCCAGUUCGACGUACGCUACUGCGUUUUGAGGCCUCCUGCAAAUUGGCGGGAUAUCGGGUGUUUGUUUUGAUCAACAGUGACCCCGAAGGGUUCAGUUAUAGGGCCGUCCGGAUGUGUGGAUCGCAACAGGACGUGUGAGGCUAGGAUUUGAUCCUGUUUAGAGCAAAGCUAGACCCAUCGUCGACUUCUCCACAGUGAUCCUCUACACCUCCCAGGGUGCACACAGAUCCUCCAACCAUCUCCAGCUCGUGUCAUGGUACCUGCUGGCCUCUCGGUUUAGUGGAUUCGGUCCCGGUGGAUUUUUUCAGUGGUUGAACUGUUUGUUCCGGUGUUUUUGUGAGUUCGACGGUUGGGAUAGAAGAUAGUUAUGGAGAGUAAUUCAGUGUCACCGAUGCCACCAGAUAUGGCGCCGAUAGCGGAGUUUGAGAAGACGUCGCCGACGCCUGUGGAAGAGGAGGCUGUGCCUAUGGAUGAUCUGCCUCCGCCGCCCACCGCUGUGUCGAUUGCUGAGGAGAAAGAGAAGGAGGCUAAUGCUGAGGCUGAGAGUCAUAGACAUUACGAGGAUGAAAACGAAUGGGGAUGUGGAAAUUGGUUGGAAUACACAUUGGUGAUAGUGUUAGCAACAAUUUUACUUCUUGGUUCACUUGGCCUAACCCUCUUCUGGGUCAUAAAUUACCAUGGUGGCUUUGCUUGGCAAGAGAAUCCCAAGAAACAGUUCAACUUACAUCCAGUUCUUAUGGUGGCAGGUUUCAUCACAUUCAGUGGAUUUUCCAUCCUCCUCUACAGGAUAUGCAGAUGUUGCAGAAGGAUCUACGUCAAGCUACUGCACACGGUUUUCCACGCCUUGGCGAUACCAUGCGUCGCACUUGGCUUCUUGGCCGUCUUCGAUUCUCACAACUUGGCCAAUCCACCGAUACCCAACUUUUACUCGUUGCACAGUUGGAUAGGACUCGUCACCAUGGGACUCUUCGCCAUACAGUUUGUGGUGGGUUUCUUCAGCUUCCUGGUCCUCCUAUGUUGUGAGGGAGCCACGGCAGGUUUCAGGUCGGCAAUGGUGCCAAUCCACGCCUCUUUUGGACUGACAACUUUCAUGUUGGCAAUAGCUGCCUGCGUCACUGGAUUAACUGAAAAAGUCAUGUUCAAACUUGGUGACGAUUAUUCGCAGUGGAAAGAAGAAGGUAUAGUUGUUAACGUGUUAGGGGCCAUCCUCAUAGCUCUUGGAAUCCUGGUGUCUUUUGCAGUACGCAGCCCUACAUUGAAAGGCGACACUAGACUAUCGGUGACAGAGAGAUUGUAGGAAUUGGCGCUUUCAAGCGCAAAUAACAAAGUGUCGGAUGUAAAUUCAACUCAAGAGCACGAAAGAUAUUAGUCUGAAGGGGGAAACCUCCAAUCACGCCAAAUUAUCGAAUAGGUAAUAAAAUAAGGGACACUUUUAUAUCUCUUUACUCGAUCUUUUUGAAGAUAUUUUAACGACCCUGUACAAAAGACACCAAAAAGUGUAAAUUGGAACUCAUAAGCCGAAGAACAAUUUAUAUUAUACGAUUUUUCAUAUCUUAAUAUAUCUAUCGAUAACUUUUGAAACAUCUCAGUGCCCAGCAAUAGUUUUCAUCACUUUAAAAGAAAAGGAAUUUCACUAUUAGAUGCCAUCAAAUAAUAGCAAUAUACCAAUGUAUUCAUGCUUGAAAGCCCUCUAGAGUGCAGUAGCUGAAGCUCAUGUUAUAGCGGCAAAAUUAUGUAUAUUUAUCUCUUCAUUCAAAAAUUUUAAAGCUUAACUUUUAACAAGAUCCAUAAAAAAAGAAGAUGACAUAUGUUUUACAAAAUUGUAGAGUAAGAACCCUUAGUACUACCACCUACCGCCGCCUUUGUUGACCUUGUACUAUACCCAAACAGGUGUACCAAUCCUACCAAUUCACAUUCCCUUUCCAUAAUUUUCCGUAUAGAAUCAACCUUCGAAAAAAAAAGCAAUAUUAUAUACAGUUGUAAAAAUAUUUUAAUCGCUGAAAAAAAAUCUCUAUUAGGAAUCUUGUUUUAAAUGUAAAAACAGUAGACAAUUCGAUUUCCAUAAAAAGGAAGAGCCUGCUCAAACUAUUUGUAGUAUAUUUAUUACCGAUAAAAGACUAAGUAAUAAGAUAAAUCAAUUGUUGAAUUAGAAAUACAGUAUUGUGAAAUAUAAAAAACUUUUGUCUAUGUGUUCUGAACAUUCCAAAUUUGAAAUAAAUAGAUUAUGAUGAAUUGAGUGUAAAGAUGAAAAGUAGAAUGUUAAUUAUUUAAAUUAUAUUGAACCAAUUCUUGUCGACUUAUAUGUAAUAAAUGUAAAUUCAUAAACUAUAUAUAUUAUUUGUGUUAAAUUAAUUCUGUUGAAGGACCAAUAACAAUAUUUUAUGUUAUAAAAUGAGAUUAUCAAAACUGUUGUGUGUAAACAUUUUAUUUCAAUGAAUAUGAAGUGUUAUAGAUGUUAGACUAUAAAAUAGACUUUAAUGAUCGAUAGGCAAUGAGCAAGAUGAUAUAUGUUGUAUGUUAGCCUAUUUGUAAAUUUUAAUAAAUGUAACUGAAAAUAUUUAUCAAUUUUAAGCCCCAUAAAUUAUCUUCUUAUUUAAGAUAUAAUAGAAUGAGCUCUCAUACUAUCCAAGAAAAGAUUUGGAAGAGUUCUUAACACCAAAUUCAUAAUGCUUUUACCUACUUCAAGAGAAAAUGUUUCAUCAAAUUAAUAUGCGAAGUCUGUAUUCAUAAAUAGAUGUUUUCCUG